AUCUCAAACCAAACCUACACCGCCACCAAAUCUCACUCUUCCUUCUCCAACAAUCUCCCAAAGGCGAAGAAAUGAUCUCGCCAUCGAAUCAAUGUCGGUCGAAGAGUCUUCUUCAACCGCUUCUUCAAUUUCCUCUGAGCUUGCCUCCGUGAUUUGUCCCUCGCUUGCUUACUCGAACACGCUCUUCUUCAGUUCUGGAUACAACGUGCAAGUGUUUGUUGAAGAUAAUGAGUCAGAGGAGAGGCUUGUGAAUCGGUUUAGAAGAGAAGUGAUGAGAACUGGUGUUAUACAGGAAUGUAAGAGAAGGAGAUACUUUGAGAAUAAACAAGAUGAGAAGAAACGUAGGACUCGUGAUGCUGCUAAGCGUAAUAAGAAAAGGCGUCCUCAAGCAAGGUUUACUCAAGAAACAAGGGAAGAAGCAGCAGCAGCAACUAAGAGUAAGAAAAAAGAUGAGGAAGAAGACAACUGGGAGAUGCCUGGUGGAGAUGUACCUUCUUGAAACACGAUUUCAGUAAAUAUAAUCUCCGGCCUUUUGGUUAAAUUUCGUAUUAUCCCGUUUUUAUUACUUGGUACGUUGUAAGUUGGAAAUGCGUUUACUGCAUAUUGUAACUUGCUUUUAGUAUUGAGUUCUCUUUGUUAAUGUCAAGGUAUCUAUAUUUGUCUUCUAAUAUUUCCUAAUGACUAAAAUCCGUUGCAUUUG